ACGGGAAGGAUCGAGGAAGCCAGGGACUCAAAAGUGGUGCAUGAGUUCCUUAGCCUUUGGCAGAAGAAAAAAGCGACGACGACAUAAAGAGGACGAAACAACGAAGAGAUUCUUGUGUCCAGUGACAGUGCGCGGUCUGAAGUAAUCGGGAACCUGACAAAGCAUGGCCUUCCUUCGCACUGAGUCGAAAUAUCGUCGUUCUUUUGUUUCUGAGUCUCAUAAAACCGACGACAAUGUGAAUGUGGUGUUUACAAGUGUCCAUCUUCAGCAUCCCCCUGCUGGUUCUCUCCUGCAGACAGAGUUGCAGUGAUCAAGCUGGCAGAAAUGACAAGCGGGUGACCGGAAGAAUGUCGGGGGCGGAAGAGCGCGAGGCCCGAUCGGUCGCACUGGAGAAAGCCUACGUUCACGAGGUGUAUGAGCAGAUCUCUGGGGCACAGCUCCCGGCUGGGGCCUCUGCAGACAGUCAGCGGGGUCGAGCGUGGCCGAAAGUCAAACAGUUCCUCUCAGAGCUGGAACCGGGGUCACUCGUUUGCGACGUCGGUUGUGGGAACGGCAAGUACCUUAAUGUCAAUCCGUCAGUGUUCAAGAUCGGGGUGGACAGGUGCUGCGCUCUCAUGGAAACAUCGAGGGAAAAGGAACACGAGGUGUUGCUGUGCGAUAACCUGUCCUUGCCGUUCAGGGACGAGAGCUUCGAUGCUGUGCUCUCCGUGGCUGUGGUUCACCACUUCGCGACGACAGAGCGCAGGGUUGGGGCGCUGCGGGAGCUGGCAAGGGUGCUCCGCAUCGGGGGUCGUCUCAUCAUCACCGUCUGGGCCAUGAAGCAGAGGCACAGAAAGUUCCAGUCCCAGGACGUGCUGGUCCCCUGGCACAGGCCGCAGCAUCUGAGCACCCCGUCGCUUGAGCUCACAUCCACCACGACCACCACAUCCGAGGAGGACGGUCCACCUCCAUACCACGCCUAUACACAGACUUCUGACAGCGACUCCUGCAGAUCUGCGCGACUCGACGCGAGCCAGAGGAAAAGGGGUCGUAGUAGACACAAGGGACGGUCCAUCGAUCCUGCACGCCCCUGCAGCAGCUCCCAGAGCAGUUCGAGCCUCUCCAGUCCCAAUGAAACCUGCUACAGUUUCGUCAGAAGGGCUCUACAGAAACUGGCCGGGGGAAAGCGCGGCGGAUCCGGUCACCGGCCCUGGUUUCUCGACUCGUGGAGCUCCUGCACCAAAGAACCCCCACCCCCUCACCGCUACGAUCCCGAGGGGUGCGAGGAUGGAGAAGGUGAAGGCGAAGACAUCCAGGACUUACCGAUCGAGCUGCGACGCCUUGAAGAGGACCAGCACGAGCCGCCCCAACGCCGGCAGACGUUCGCCUGCGCGCGGCGGGCGACGCCUCACGAGGUGGUACUGAACCAUAAGUCCAAGAGCCUGUCCGACAUCCUAACAGUGGGACAGCGGGCAAUGGUCCGCUCCCGUUCGAGCGUACCCAGCCUUGGGGUAGGCUCGGAGAACACCGCAGGCACCAGCGACCUUGCCUCUGCAGCGCCAACCGCCACCAACACGAACAACACCAAACCGAGGCUUGUGAAGCAGAAGAAGUCAGUCUGCGAAGAAAUGGAAGAAGAAGGCGGCAUGCGGGACCUGGUGAAGGCGCUGCCGGAGUUCAAAGUGCCAGGGACCGGAGGUUCCCAGCGUUACGGCAACGUCUUCAAGCAGAGUUCCAUGAACGAGGAGCUCAUGUCUGCGGAGAGGUUGCGGGAGAAGGAGCGUGUGAGGCAGAACAUUCAGAAGCAGGCCUCGCUCAACGAGGAGCUCAUCUACAGGAGCCACCGCACACUCGACUCCCUGCGAGACACGUUCUUCAACACGUCCACGGCCAAACGCUUCCAGUUGCUCAAGAACGGCCUCACCAGCAAACUGAAGAGUUCCACCACGGGUAUCGAGAAGGUUGCAGGAACCUCCUUCAAGAACGGCUUCGUGCGGAUACUCCAGGGUUGGAAAGGGGGCGAUGUAUCCCCGAACACUCGCCCCUCCGCCACCCCUACACCCAGCGAUGCGGUACCCCCAUGCACGCCGCCACCAGACAGUAAGAAACCUUUGAACUCUUUCUCUGUUAACGGGGACGACAAUAACAAGAAGGAAGCUGGAAGGUCAGGCAGUGAACGUCGCCAUUCGAGGGAGGAUGGCUCGGAUUCCUCCAAGGACAGCAGUCUGCAGAGUGACACGAGUGUGGAUUCGGAGGACAGCUUCGCUUCUGUUAUAUUUAUGCCAAAACCUGACCCCACCACGACACCACCCAAAUCCCCGCAGCCGACUUCGCCAAACAUCAAGCAACAGCCUACCUCCCCUUCCCCACAGAUUAAAUUGUCGCCCCCCUCGCUCAGUCCUAGGACCCCACUCAUAGAGGAGAAGCCACUGGAAGAGGAAGAGGACGUUGAGGAGCAGGAACUGCCUCCGGAUGAAGAGAAGCCUCCGGCGGAUGAACUGAGACACAGCGAACGCCUGCGCCAAAUACAGGAGCUCCUGAGGUCACGCACGGCGCCUGUGACGGGCAGGAAAGCAGGCGCCGCUGCAGUAAGAAACCCAUUUCCACUGGUGCGCCGGUCAACUGCCAUGGUUCUAGGGCGACCAGAGCCACUAACCCGGCCUCUGCCGCGAUUGCUGUCUCUAGAAUUGUUCAAUCCGGAGACGGACGACAUGGACAGCGACUCCAGUGGCGUGUCCUCUCCGGACUCUGUGAGCAGUGUCAUCAGCGUGCUCACGGAGGAACCGCCCCAACUGGUGACCUCCACAGGCACAACACAAGGAACACUGGAGCCCCCGGUAGAAGAACCCGCUCCGCCGCCUGAGUCUCUGUGUUCACCUUCAAGUCUUCCUCCCCCACCCCCGGGAAACACAACUACCAGUCCGAAAGCCUCCGAGAUAGUCACGGAAAGGCUACUACUUGAGGUCCAGGAGGCAGUGGAAGAAGAGACCGGAAGCAGCGAGUGUCUGACGACGGAACAGGCUCCACGGGUAUCGCCCCCUUCCUUGAGCCUCCUUGAAGCCGCAGCCGAUGUUGCCAGCUCGCUAGAGGAUGCCGUAGAUGCAGUCAUCCAGUCGAGCCCUCGCGCUCGACGCCGGAAAUUGCAGCUAGCAGAGAACAGCGACGCGAUGGCGGUGCUACAGGGUAGCGGCUGCUUCAGUGGGAGCAGUAGCAGCAGCACGACCAGCAACUGGAGCCUGCACAAGUCGGACAGCAUAGGCAGGCUGUACCCGGGGCUCGACAGUGACUGGAACCUGCAUAGGCUCGAUCCGAAAAACAACUUCCCGUGGAGUGUGGGGCACUCCCCCGGCGAGGACAGGACAGAGCAACGCUACCACGAGGAGCGCCCAGAUGACACGUGGGACGAGAACUGCCGCCAGCAUCUGGCGGACUUCGCCGAGAAACUGAGCGAGAAGCUGUUGGAGGAGAUUGACCAGUACCAGAAGCAGGCAUGUCAGCAGCCGCCACGACACAAUAAGAUCCUCGAUGACCAUUACCUGUCGCGGCUGAGUGAGGAGCUGCAGGACCUCAGCAAGCUAAGCAAGGAACUUCAGGACAGGAACUCGUACCUCACCAGUUUUAACAGCAACCCCAGCAUCCUGGAGAUGCAACCUCCGUCCCUUGUGAUUCAAGAUCCUCUUAAUAUCACGGAAAUCUAUGAACCGUUCCUGGAGUCAACGCUCUACCCGGACAUGGGAGUGGAAAUAAAAUCGAACACUGUGGUCCUUGACUUCUGCAAACAGACCAAGAAGACACAACCCGAAGCCAAUCCGGCUGUUAGCAAUGAGUCGGAAGAGGACCUCUCCAACGCGAGUGACGUGAUGCUCGUGUGCAACUCGGGUUCCAGGCAGACAAGUGACGACGUCGCGGAAGAUGUAGACAUUUGUGCCGAAGUACUGUGUAAGGGGGUCGAUGGCGAACUCCAAGAGCAGAUACCUCAGGAUACAUGCCACGAAACAAAUGACGAAAGCGUUCCCAUUGCUCUUCCUGCAGCUUCUGAGCCUUGCGACUCAGAACCAAGUCACCUGCUGAGAAACGACGCUGUCAGUGUCAUCUCCUUGCGCCUUGGCUGCUCUGUGGAGUCCAAUGAUACAGGGGAAAUACCCGAACAGACGGGCACCAGCGGCAGCGACUGUAGCCGGCGCGACACUAACUCUGCCGAUAAAACAGUAAGCACUGUGUCCGUAGAAUUAAGUGACGCCGUCACAGGAAGCGGCAGCGAUUUCAGCCGUGACACCCAUAACGCGGACAGACAGACACCGUGCUGCGACGGCAGGUCGUCUUCCGAAGAAGUUCCACCGCGGAGCAACACGCUGAAGGCGGUCACACAGGAACCGCCAGACGUACUGACGAAAACGGAGAGCUGCGCGUCGUCCCUCAGUGGCUCAACUUCCCAGGAAUCUCUGCCGUCUGAUAAUGGCGGCGGAGCCAUCACAUUCCACCGCUACUAUCACGUGUUCCGGGAAGGAGAGCUUGACCAGUUGAUAGAGCGAUAUGUGGAGAAUUUGCACAUUAUCUCGUCCUACUACGACCAUGCAAACUGGUGUGUAGUGGCUGAGAAGGUCCAUGUGUGGACCAUCUGAUAUGCCACUAUUAAACUGAAUAUUUUACAUAUAGUAUUAUUUGUCAGGACUGCUCUGGCCUGGAAGUCACGUGGCACACUGAGAGCACAGAUACGAAACUUGCAUGCCUUUUUUUAACCUGUGCAUUUGGGUGAUACUGUCGCUGUCUGUUGCCACUUCUAGCGAUUAUUGUCAUUCUCAGCCAUAAAGUUCCCUGAAACCGGAACAAAACCGAAUACACAAGACGGAGUACAUUGAAUGACAGUAUAAAAAUUUCAAAUUUUACUGAUAUUUAGAACACUAUAUUGGUAAAUAAAGGAACAGUUAAUCUACAGAUUUAUCAAAUUAGUCCUCAAUUAGAUCAUGAAAGCCAGUGAGUUAUUUUGCAGCUUUAAAAAUUUAACUUCAAGCAUAUAUCAAUUUUUAUUUAAAAUCAUAAAUAUUACACAGCACGGGCUUCCUCAGCCUGAAGUUUGAGUCAUAUUCUGUGGAAUAAGCUAAUUUCCAAUUCAUAAGAGAAGGCAGUACCUGAGAAUGAUCACUGUGUAGCAGAGACCAAAACCCCAGUAAUUCUGAUUGUGUAACUAGCACAAUAACCAUGCAAACUUCAAACGAUCCAGCAAUGGAAAUAUAUACACUAUUGUGACAUGAUCAUUGCAAGAGAUGGCCGUUGCUAGGCAACGGCCGGUAAAUAAGGACUAUGACGUGGUGUUCUCUGUACAGUCCGUGCCCAGGCUAUAUAAUUAGGCGAGCCAGCCAGACAACCCGUAAAUAGGCAUGAUCUGCUUUGCAAUGCCUGUACUGACAAAGAAUUGAAUAUGGUGCAAAAGGAAGGAUCUGACACAUUCAUUUAAUCACUUUCAUCACUGUCGUCAGCUAUCGCAUUUUCCAAAGCCCUGGAAGGGAACGAAAGACAUAAUGUUACCAAAACCCGGUAAGAACCCCAAAUGUUCUCAAAAUGUACGUCCGAUAUACCUCCAGUCCACUAUAGGCCAACUUUUUGUGAAUAUAAUUGUAAAAAAUAGUCAAAAGGGACAUCCAGGUGGGAGACCUGCUUAGUGCAAGUCAGUUUGGUUUCCCUGCCCGCCACAGCACAACACUUCAAUGUAUGAACCUUACGAACCACGUGACAUUAAAUUUCGCCAAAAGCAUGUAUACGGCUGAGCUAUUCUUGGAUGUUGAAAAAGCCGUUGAUACAACAUGGCAACCUGUUUUUUGUACUAGUUACUUAAAUCAAAUUCUUCGACUAAUAUAAUUAACACUCAAAAUCACUGAGGUUUUGGACUUUGUCCAUCGUUCGGUAUUCUAGAAAUCAGGAGACACAACAUUUCGGAAACUGGAUUUG